GGGGAGGACGGCCCCGGCGCUGCGACUUUUGAAGUCCAAACUGUCGUCGGGGCCGGAGCCGCGCGCUGCCUCUGGGCGCCCGCUUCGCCUCCCGCGUCCUGCCAGGCUGCCCGGGUCCCCGCGUACCUUCGGUCGCUUUCAGGAGUUUAGAGAACGCCAGGUCUUCACAUUCUUUUAAGUUCGAGACCUUGGCGAACUGCAGAACGCAACAAAGGCAACGAGAGCCCGGGCGCCCUCGCAGCCGGAGUCUGGCGGCGGCCCGCGAAUCCUCCCCGCCAGUGGGGCCCAGACGCGCGGGGACACCCCCGCCCCUCCAGGCACCCACUGAGUCUCUCUCCCCCUCCCUUGUCCUAGCCAUGGAAGGGCUGGAGGAGGCGGAGGCCGACUGCUCCGUGGCGUUCGCUGAGGCUCAGAGAUGGGUGGAGGCAGUAACAGAGAAGAAUUUUGAAACAAAAGAUUUUCGAGCCUCUCUAGAAAACGGUGUUCUGCUGUGUGAUUUGAUUAAUAAGCUUAAGCCUGGCAUCAUUAAGAAGAUCAAUAGACUGUCUACACCAAUAGCAGGACUGGAUAAUAUAAACGUUUUCUUGAAAGCUUGUGAACAGAUUGGAUUGAAAGAAGCCCAGCUUUUCCAUCCUGGAGAUCUACAGGAUUUAUCAAAUCGAGUCACUGUCAAGCAAGAAGAGACUGAUAGGAGAGUAAAAAAUGUUUUGAUAACAUUGUACUGGCUGGGAAGAAAAGCACAAAGCAACCCCUACUAUAAUGGUCCCCAUCUGAAUUUGAAAGCAUUUGAGAAUCUCUUAGGACAAGCCUUGACGAAGGCACUUGAAGACUCCAGUUUCCUGAAAAGAAGUGGCAGGGACAGUGGCUACGGUGACAUCUGGUAUUCUGAACGUGGAGAAUUUGUUGCUCCUUCAAGGCACCAUAAGAGAGAAGAUUCCUUUGAAAGCUUGGACUCUUUGGGUUCUAGGUCAUUGACAAGCUGCUCCUCUGAUAUCACGUUGAGAGGGGGACGUGAAGGUUUUGAAAGUGACACAGAUUCUGAAUUUACAUUCAAGAUGCAGGAUUAUAAUAAAGAUGAUAUGUCGUAUCGAAGGAUUUCGGCUGUUGAGCCAAAGACGGCGUUACCCUUCAAUCGCUUUUUACCCAACAAAAGUAGACAGCCAUCCUAUGUACCAGCACCUCUGAGGAAGAAGAAGCCGGACAAACAUGAGGAUAACAGGAGAAGCUGGGCAAGCCCAGUUUAUACAGAAGCAGAUGGAACGUUUUCAAGGGAGGCGUGCGGUUUUGAAAGUGGUUCGGACUCUGAGGAUGAACGAAGGUUUCCUGACGUAGUUUUGGAUGACUUAGCCAACCGUAGAUUCCAAGUGAAAAAGAGGCCCCAGAGUUUCAUCUCGAAAAUCACCUCUCCUAACUCUUGUCCGCAAAUAUUUUCUCCUGCUGAUGUGUUCGCCAGUGGGCUAUAUGGACUGACGAGUAAUCAGAGGAGGACUUGGGGCACCAGUGUGGAGAACUGGCCAACUGUACAAGGAACUUCAAAGUCCUCUUGUUAUUUGGAAGAGGAAAAAGCAAAGACAAGGAGCAUACCCAACAUCAUAAAGGAUGAUCUUUAUGUGCGCAAGCUAAGUCCAAUCAUGCCAAACCCAGGGAAUGCUUUUGAUCAGUUUCUUCCCAAAUGUUGGACCCCAGAAGAUGUGAACUGGAAAAGAAUAAAAAGGGAAACUUAUAAGCCAUGGUAUAAGGAAUUUCAGGGAUUCAGUAAAAGGAAUUCAGACUCUGAGGAUGAGGACUCAGAUUCUGACAGAAGCGCCACCAUUUUUAGUAGAGCACGAAAAGCGGAGCGUAGGCUAGACGGCAACUGCCAAAGACCUUCCCUCUUGCUGGAAUUAGCUACCAAACGGGCUGUAAAACCGCCGGACUCCCAUGCAGCCAGGAGAAGCAGUAGUGCUUCGGAUGAGCCCAGUCAGUUUUUACUGCUUCAGGCCCUCCAAACAUACUCUGAUGACAUCUUGUCUUCCGAAACACAUACCAAAAUUGAUCCCACUUCUGGCCCAAGGCUCAUAACCCGCAGGAAGAAUCUCUCUUAUGAACCAGGCUAUAGAAGAGAUGACUUCGAGAUGGCAGCCCUGGUUCCUGACUUAGAGAAUGAUGAUUUCUUUGUCAGAAAGACUGGGGCUUUCCAUGCAAAUCCAUAUGUUCUCCGAGCUUUUGAAGACUUUAGAAGGUUCUCUGAGCAAGAUGAUUCUGUAGAACGAGAUAUAAUUUUACAGUGUAGAGAAGGUGAACUUGUUCUUCCGGAUUUGGAAAAAGACGAUAUGAUUGUUCGCCGAAUUCCAGCACAGAAGAAAGAAGUGCCGCUGUCCGGGGCCCCAGAUAGAUACCACCCAGUCCCUUUCCCUGAACCCUGGACUCUUCCUCCAGAAAUGCAAGCAAAAUUUCUCUGUGUACUUGAAAGGACGUGCCCAUCCAAAGAAAAAAGUAAUAGUUGUAGAAUAUUAGUUCCCUCCUAUCGGCGGAAGAAAGAUGACAUGCUGACGCGUAAGAUUCAGUCGUGGAAACUGGGAACUACGGUGUCUCCCAUCAGUUUCACCCCUGGCCCCUGCAGUGAGGCUGACAUGCAGAGAUGGGAGGCCAUCCGGGAGGCCAGCAGACUUAGGCACAAGAAAAGGCUGAUGGUGGAGAGACUCUUUCAAAAGAUUUAUGGUGAGAAUGGGAGUAAGUCCAUGAGUGAUGUCAGCGCAGAGGAUGUUCAAAACUUGCGUCAGCUUCGUUAUGAGGAGAUGCAGAAAUUAAAAUCACAAUUGAAAGAACAAGAUCAGAAAUGGCAGGAUGACCUUGCAAAAUGGAAAGAUCGUCGAAAAAGUUACACUUCAGAUCUGCAGAAGAAAAAAGAAGAGAGGGAAGAAAUUGAAAAGCAGGCACUUGAGAAGUCUGAGAGAAGCUCUAAGACGUUUAAGGAAAUGCUCCAGGACAGGGAAUCCAAAAAUCAAAAGUCUACCAUUCCAUCGAGGAGGAGAAUGUAUUCUUUUGAUGAUGUGCUGGAUGAGGAAAAGCGACCCCCAACACUGAUGAUGUCAGAAGCAAAUUACCAGAGUGAGACAGUAGAAGAGAAGGGAACAACUUAUCCUUCAGAAAUUCCUGAAGAAGAUUCUGCCAUUUUUGCAGAAAGAGAGGACAGUGUAACUACUGAAAUUCAGUUUCCUUCUCAAAGUUCCGCGGAGGAACAAUGUCCAGCCUCUUUGUCUUCUCUGCGUUCACUGAGCACCCAAAUGGAGUCGACUCGUGUUUCAGCUUCUCUCCCCAGAAGUUACCAGAAAACUGAUACAGCCAGGUUAACAUCUGUGGUCACACCAAGACCUUUUGGCUCUCAGACAAGGGGAAUCUCAUCACUCCCCAGAUCUUACACGAUGGAUGAUGCUUGGAAGUAUAAUGGAGAUGUCGAAGACAUUAAGAGAACUCAAAACAGUGUGGUCAGCACCCCUGCACCAAACCUGGACGUAAACCAACUGGCUUCAAGCUCAUCUAGCCAGAAAGAGGUAGCUGCAACAGAAGAAGGUGUGACGAGGCUGCCCUCUCCCACAUCCCCCUUCUCAUCUCUUUCCCAAGACCAGGCUGCCACUUCUAAAGCCACGUUGUCUUCCACAUCUGGCCUUGAUUUAAUGUCUGAAUCUGGAGAAGGGGAAAUCUCCCCCCAAAGAGAAGUCUCAACACCCCAGGAUCAGUUCAGUGAUAUGAGAAUCAGCAUAAACCAGACGCCUGGGAAGAGUCUUGACUUUGGGUUUACAAUAAAAUGGGAUGUUUCUGGGCUCUUCGUAGCAUCAGUUGAAGCAGGUAGCCCAGCAGAAUUUUCUCAGCUACAGGUAGAUGAUGAAAUUAUUGCUAUUAACAACAUCAAGUUUCCAUAUAAGGAUACAAAAAAGUGGGAGGAAACCAUGGCUAAGGCUCAAGAAACUGGAAACCUAGUGAUGGAUGUGAGGCGCUAUGGAAAGGCUGACUGGGGCAAAGACCAACCUUCCCUACCAUUUAUACGGCAUAAAACCCUCAAUCUCACCAGUAUGGCUACCAAAAUUAUAGGUUCACCUGAAACAAAGUGGAUUGAUGCAACUUCUGGAAUUUACAACUCAGAAAAAUCUUCAAAUCUGUCUGUAACAACUGAUUUCUCCGAAAGCCUUCAGAGUUCUAAUAUUGAAUCCAAAGAAAUCAAUGGAAUUCAUGAUGAAAGCAAUGCUUUUGAAUCAAAAGCAUCUGAAUCCAUUUCUUUGAAAAACUUAAAAAGGCGAUCACAAUUUUUUGAACAAGGGUCAUCAGGCUUUUCUUACAGCUCAUGGGUCUACCUCUGUGGAAGCUCCGAUUCUGUGGUUCCUGAUCUUCCAGUUCCAACCGUCAGUGCCCCGAGCCGCUGGGUUUGGGAUCAAGAGGAGGAGCGGAAGCGGCAGGAGAGGUGGCAGAAGGAACAGGACCGCCUACUGCAGGAAAAAUAUCAACGUGAGCAGGAGAAACUGAAGGAAGAGUGGCAAAGGGCCAAACAGGAGGCGGAGAGAGAGAAUUCCAAGUACUUGGAUGAGGAACUGAUGGUCCUAAACUCAAACAGCAUGUCUGUGACCACACGGGAGCCCUCUCUUGUCACCUGGGAAACCACCUGGAGUGAAGGGUCCAAGUCUUCAGACAGGGAAGGAACCCGAGCAGGAGAAGAGGAGAGGAGACAGCCACCAGAGGAGGUUGUUCAUGAGAACCAAGAAAAGAAGCCACAGGAUCAACUUGUUCUCGAGAGAGAGAGGAAACCGGAGCAACAGCUUCAGGAAGAGCAGGAGCGGAAGCGGCUUCAGGAAGCGCAGGAGCGGAAGCGGCUUCAGGAAGAGCAGGAGCGGAAGCGGCUUCAGGAAGAGCAGGAGCGGAAGCGGCUUCAGGCUGAGGCUGAGGAGCAGAAGCGCCCUGCAGAGGAGCAGAAACACCAGGCAGAGAGAGAGCGGGAAACAUCAGUCAGAAUAUACCAGUACAGGAGGCCCAUUGAUUCCUAUGACAUACCAAAGAGAGAAGAAGAAUCUUCAGGUUUUCUUCCUGGUGACAGGAAUAAAUCCAGAUCUACUACUGAACUGGAUAAUUACUCCACAAAUAAAAAUGGAAGCAGUAAAUAUUUAGACCGAAUUGGGAACACGACCACUUCACAGAGGAGUUCCAAGAAAGAACAAGUACCAUCAGAAGCAGAGUUGGAGAGGCAACAAAUCCUUCUGGAAAUGAGGAAGCGAACACCCCUUCACAAUGAUAACAGCUGGAUCCGACAGCGCAGUGCUAGUGUCAACAAAGAUCCUAUUUGUGUUCCUGGGGUCAUGAGAAGAGGCGAAUCUUUAGAUAACCUGGACUCCCCCAGAUCCAAUUCUUGGAGACAGCCCCCUUGGCUUAAUCAGCCCACAGGAUUCUAUGCUUCUUCCUCCGUGCAAGACUUUAGUCGCCCACCGCGUCAGCUGGUGUCCACAUCAAACCGUGCCUACAUGCGGAACCCCUCCUCCAGCGUGCCCCCGCCUUCAGCCAGCCCCACGAAGACCUCCACCACAGGUGUGGCCGCCACACAGUCCCCCACCCCGAGAAGCCACUCCCCUUCAGCGUCACAGGCAGGCUCUCAGCUGCGCAACAGGUCAGUCAGUGGGAAGCGCGUAUGCUCCUACUGCAAUAACAUUCUGGGCAAAGGAGCCGCCAUGAUCAUCGAGUCCCUGGGUCUUUGUUAUCAUUUGCAUUGUUUUAAGUGUGUUGCCUGUCAGUGUGACCUCGGAGGCUCUUCCUCAGGAGCCGAAGUUAGAAUCAGAAACCACCAACUGUACUGCAAUGACUGCUAUCUCAGAUUCAAAUCUGGACGGCCAACCGCCAUGUGAUGUAAACCUCGAUGCGAAAGCACUGCUGCAGAUAGAAGAGGCGGUUGCUGCUGAUGUAGAUCUAUAAAUAUGUGUUGUAUGUCUUUUCUGCUUUUUAAAAAAAAAACAACUUUUUUUUUUUUUGCCUCUUUAGAUUACAUAGAAACAUUGUAGUCUUGGUAGAACUUGUAGUUUUGUUGUUUAUUUAUAAGGUAAUUAUGUGUGGGGAAAAGUGCAGUAUUGUUGAAUUCAGCAUCUUAAAAGCACAAGGAAAAAAAUAAGAGCUUAAGAAUAUUUUUGAGGCAGAUAAUGAUCUAGUUUGACUUUCUAGUUAAUGGUGUUUUGAAGAGGAUAUUUUAUUGUUUUUUUUUUAAAAAGGUUCUUAAACAUUAUUUGAAAUAGUUAAUAUAAAUAUGUAAUUGCAUUUGCUCUGUUUAUUAUAAUGUGUUCUAAAUUAAUGCAGAACCAUAUGGAAAAUUUCAGUAAAAUCUAUCCCCAAAUGUGCUUUCUGUAUCCUUCCUUCUACCUAUGUAUUCUGGUUUUUAAAAAUGUAGCUAAUGUACCAUUUAUUUGCUUGAUGAGGGAGCUCUAUUUUCUUUACCAGAAAUGUUGCUAAGUAAUUCCCAAUAGAAAGCUGCUUAUUUUCAUUAAUGAAAAAUAGCCAUGGUUUGUAUACUAGAAGUCUUCUCCAGAAACUGGUGAGCCUUUCUGUUCAACUGCAUUUGUAAAUAAACUUGCUGAUGCAUUUAA